AUGGGUACUACAACGGUGAUGCAUAUCGUGAAGAAAGGCAACACCCAAUCGGUUGGCUUGGUGCGCGAGGCUUUGGCCAUUCACACGGCGCUGCGUGAGCAUCGGAUGCGCACCACAUGGCGUUAUCUGGCUUCAGAAGGCGAUCCCGCAGGCGGAAUUGCUAGGGGACGGCACGACACAGCCAAAGACAUAGCGACAGGGCGGAACCUUCGAAGGGUGGGGGGCGGGAGGCGGGUUAAAAACGCUUUCAGCACUUCCGUUUCGCAAGUGGGGAUAAAAUGUGAGGUUUAUUGGGAAUAUCUUGAUUGGGUGUGA